CUUCUCCAUGACUGAGGAACAACACAUGUCAGUGACAGAAGAUAAACAGAUGCGGAAGAACACCGUGAAGACGACUGCAGUUCGUCAGUAUGCUCUACACAACAAUGUUUUCAUCUCUCACACUCCUACUAAUGUUGGUCUGCGCCAUCAGAGGAGAAAACCCUGCCUUCCAGGUGGUGCUGAGCAACAAGGGACUUCAGUAUGGAUCACAUGUGGGUGCCGGGUGGAUUCAAGACAAGUUGAACAGCGUCACCAUUCCAGAUGUGAGCGGUAAAAUCUCCCUAGGCAUCUUUGGAAAUAUCAACUACCAGCUGUCUGGCUUUCAAAUAAUCAAAUGUGACUUUCCGGAACCAAAAGUGGAGUUUUCUCAACCCCUGUCUGGCAUCAGCACGUCCAUCUUGGGCCUCAGUAUCGCUCUCACAGGAAACUAUAAGGCGAAUUAUGGAUUCAUAAAAAUCGGAGGUUCAAUGCAAGUGGCACUCUUCAACGUGGAUGUGACGUCACUCGUGAACCUGGGGAAAGAUGAUGAUGGACACCUGUCGGUCACUAGCAACAACUGCAUGGCUUCAAUUGAAGCCAUGGACAUACGCGUCCAUGGCGGGUCCAGCUGGAUUACCCAGUUUAUAAUUAAUCAGUCAAAGGGGUGGAUCAAGACAAAGAUUGAGAAAAGCAUCUGCGUUGGUGUGGAAGAUUUAACUGCAGACCUGGAGUGCCAUCUAAAGGCGAUGAACGUUUCCCUCAAGGUGAAUGAAAACCUCCUCCUGGAGGUUCCCCUCACCAGAGCCCCUGUCAUUGAUGCUUCAAGUCUAAAUCUGGGUCUCAAGGGCGAGUUCCUCAGUCUCAUAUCUCCACAAGAGCCCCCCUUCCAGGCCCAGAACUUCACCAUGAGUCCACAGUCUGCCUUCAUGCUGUCUGUGGGUCUGUCUGACUUCACUGUGAACUCUGCUUCAUACAGUUUGUUCUCAGAUGGACUUCUGCAGGAGAACAUCACUGACAGCUUGAUCCCCCCGGAGUCUCCUGUGCACCUGAACACCAGCUACAUGGGCUCCUUCAUUCCUCAGCUUCCUGUCAUGUUUCCGGGCCUGAUGAUGGCUCUCCACGUUUAUGCCAGGGAGUUUCCAGCCUUUUGCUUCCAGGCCAGCGCCAUUAAAUUGACCACACUGGGAGCAGUGAAGGCCUUUGUCAUUCUACCCAAUUCUACUCUGACCCCAGUCUUCACGCUUCAUGUGGAAUCAGAGUUCAGUGGGAAAACCUGGAUCACGGAUCAGAGCUUAAAAGGCUCUGUGAUGAUGGACAACUUCACUCUGACACUGGCUGACACUCAGAUCGGAACAUUUAAGACAGACCCACUGGAAAACGCAGCAAAAUUUGCACUGAAGUCCUUCGUACUCGUGAAACUGAAUGAGAGACUGGCUCAGGGUUUUGACCUUCCCAAAUGGAAACAAGCCCAACUUGUCAAUACGGUUCUGAAGAUGGAGGAGGGAUUCAUCGGAAUUUCAACAGAUGCUGCUGUGCAGCUUCAGGACGCAGCUCAAGGUUUACACCCAUGAAGUCAACUUGACUGAAUACUCAACAUCGGUCUUGCUUCUCUGCACCAGUUUAAGACGCAUACCAAGUGAUUGCUGGAUGAUUCCUUUCUAUGUAAUUUAAUCCAAAAUAAUAAUAAAACACUUGGCAAUGAUUCAACACAUUAAACUCACCAGCUCAUG